AUGACCAUCAUCUUCAUCACCAUAUCGUCGUCUCCAUCAUCGUCGUCGUUGUCAUCAUCCUGUUCGCCAUUCAAGCGUACACCCAUAAUAAACCACACCACAUCAGCCACACCAAACCACACUGCACCACACCACAUCAGCUACACCACACCAGCCACACCACACCACACCAGCCACACCACACCAACCACACCACACCAGCCACACUACGCAACACCACACACCACGCCGAAGGAAUAUAAAUUUAUUUUAAAAAAUAAUCCAAAUAUUAGAAAUGACAAAAGAAAUUUUAAAAAAAAUGCCAUAAACAGAAGACACAAAGAUUAUAAAGAUUCGUCUGAAUUACAUCUGAACAAAGCGUUAAAUUAA